AAUUGUAAGCAUACCUGAAAUUUGAAAUCUUAUAGCAUGCCUAGUCACUCUUUCAAUAUGUAUGGAACUUUCAUUCGGGACGACUUCCCUUUGUUUCCGACUCCUCAUCUCUCGUGCACUCUGCCAGCCCUUAACACCACGCCAACCUUUCGUUCAAGUUCCCGUUCACCUCCGCCAGCGCCACGCAAGAAACGGUCGCAUGUUGACGACGAAAAAUUCCUCCCCAAGAUACUCCGUUCGUGCAAUCGUCCCUGCACAUAGCCCAGGAAGCAGGUAUCAGUCUGCCAACAAGACUCAGAAGAAACACCAUGUUUCCCCACGGACCUGGGCGGAGAAACUCAAUAUUAUCUUCGACGCGCUUAAAUUUGUUUAUCGGACUCUCUGAUCUACUUUUGAGUUCACUAGUUUCCCAGCAAUUCCUGGAGUACGACGCUAUUCCCUCACCUAGUCGACGCUAUUCCCUCAGAGUACGACGCUAUUCCCUCACCUAGUCG